AUGUUCAAGAAGAGACAAGACCCGCUUGAGCAUCUGUUCCAGCAGAGCGAGCCCCAAACGGGCGACGCCGACAAGGGUUUCCUCCACAAGGUGGUGAGCAAGGAGCAGGAGCAGUCCGCGUACAACUCGCCCUUCCGCACGUCGCAGUCGCUCGCGGCCGCGCAGAAGCGCAAGAUGCAAAAGUUUCCGACCGUCAGCGCGUCCGUGAGUGCGCACUCGAGCUCGGACAUGGGCUACAAGGUAAUUGACGCGGCGAGGCGUCGCGCCAAGGACAUCGCGGUGCCCCGGUACCUGCAGGGCAACGACGAGCGCCAGAGACGGCGGCUGGACAAGCUGGAGCGCAAGGAGGACGCGCUGAAGUACAAGAAGGAUUCGCAGCGGAUCGUGGACGUCCGUGGCGGCCAGGACCGCGCGGCAGGCGCCGCUGAAGACGAGGGCGACGUCGCUACGGAUGCGGAGGUUGAGGCUGCGGCUGACGCCGAGACGGAGGCAGAGGCCGACGCUGAAGCUCACACGCAAACCGACGCGGGCGCAGACGCGGGCGUUGCUGCUUCUACCGCUGAAAGCGUUGCCGCCAGCACCAAGGAUGCAGAAGCCGUGCCAGCCACAAUAGACGAGACGCCUGUGUCCGACACGCAGGACUACGUCACGCCCGGCGCUGAGGCCCCGGACGCUGAGUCCGGUAUCGCCGAGCCAGAGACAUCCGCGGCCAUUGCCGAGUCAGAGGUUCCAGCAGCCAUUGCCGUUACUGAGACCCCGGUCGACGGCGCCGCUGCGGAGCCAGAGGUUCCAGUCGCCGCUGCCGCUGAGUCGGAGGUGCCAGCUGCGCUUCCAAGCAGCGAGACGGCCGGCGCCGAGCCUACUGAGACGGCCACCGUGAAUUCCAAGGAGGUAGCAGUCGGGACCGCGCCGGACGCCGCGUCCUCUGUUCAGAAGGUCCCUGCCGGCGUUGACCUCGUCGGAGAGCCAGCUGUCGCAGAGGCCGCUGGCGAGCAGCCUGCCACCGAGGGCAAGAUCAAUGCCGACGGAGUCCCCGAGAAGCCCAAAGAUAUCAAGGAAACGCCCCGCGUUCCCUUUGCCACCGGCAUCUUCGCCCUAUGGACCCGCUCCGACAAACGCGGCCAACCCGUGGCAUCCCCCAACGACCCAGAGUUCAUUGUUAAGUUCGACAAGGGAUACAUGUCCAAGGCGCUAUACGACACCCUCGAGUAUGAAGAAGCUAUUCACAAGCGCGAAAUGGAUGACUACACCAAGGAGCACGACGCCAAGUACGAAGCCAAGGCCAAUGAGUACGAGGACCGUCUGACGUCGCUCAAGAGCCAAAUCGCAGAGCUUGAGGCCACCAUGGAGACUCUACAGAAGGACACCACUGAGAAGAUCGAAAUAAGCGAGGCCAAGUUGAGCGCGCAAAUGAUCGACCUAAACGCUGAACACAGCAGCAGCAAGAAUGUCAUCUUCAAAGAGACCGAGAACAUGAAGGCCGCCAAGGUCGAAGAAAAAGAGGGUGUCGAGGCCAAGCAAGAAGACGUCAAGACCGAGCUCGAGGAGCUCGAGAAGCUCAGAGCUGAAAUAGACGCUGAGAACCGCGAGCACCAAGGCCGUGUUGACGAGCUGACCGCGGAGCUUGACGCCAAGCUUGCGGCAAUCCAAGAGCUUAACACUCAGCAAGCGGAGUUGCAAGCAUCUAUCGACGACCUGCAGCAGCAGAAAGAUGCACUUAUCAGCGAGGCCAAUGCCGCCGAUGAGCAGCACGGCUCCAACGUCGCUGUCUUGGAAAGCAUCGAAAACAAAGAAUACCUGCCAAAGCUCAAUGCCAUUGACACCAAGAUUUCUGAGCUGCUCACUUCUCUGACCGUUGUCAAGCAGGAGACCGCCAACCACAAGACCGAGUUCGCGGCCGUCUCGAAGCGUUUGGAAGAAGAGGACGAAGAGCGCAAGGAGAAGCUGCGCCAGGAAGAAGAAAACCGUAAAAGACUCGAAGCUGAGCGCCUGCAAAAACAACGUGAGGAGCACGACCAACAGAUUCUUUUGCUUCAGCAGGAGCACGAGCGUCAACUAGCAGAGGCCAGCCAAAAGGCCGCUGAGCACGAACAAGCGCUCCUCAAAGAACGCGAGCAGCGUGAACUGGUUGAGAGAGAACGUGUGAAGCUUCAAGGCGAGAAAGCCAUCAGAGAACAAGAGGAGGCUAAAGCAGCAGACAAAGCCUUGGAAGAGGAAAUCAAACAGAGGAACCACAGCCGCGCUCUCGCACUCGACGGGGCAGAAGCCGCUGUUCAAAAAAGCCAAAAGGAGAUUACGGAGCAGAAAAAGACUCCGUUGUUGCCUGCCUCAGAGCAGAAGGAGACUCCACUAUUGCCUGCCCCUGUGCAGAAGGAGACUCCGCUACUGCCUGCCCCAGAGUCCGCCCAGCCAAAGGCACUUACGAACGAUAACAGUUCGUUGUACGAAUACUUCACUGAGAAGGAAAUUAGAACCGUGAACUCCAGCACUUCAGCCUUCACUAAAGCGUGA